AUGCCCCGGAAAGGCACCGCCACAGUCAAGAAGGUCGACAAGUACGUCUGGGAGGAUGAGUACGAUGACGAACCCGAACGAGAGCGCUCGCCCAUGAGCCUUGAUAGUCCAGGACUUGUAGAUUUCGGCAAGAGCAGCGCAUUGGGGCGCACCAUUAACUAUGGUGCCUCAGACAGCGAGAACGUUGACCCCGGCUUUGCACGCGAGCAGCUAAAACUCCCUAAUGGGGCGCAACGGGAGCCAGACCAUGGCGCCGGCCAGCCUCGCCAAGAUUCCGCCGCCAGACAAAGACAACUAGAGGAAGUCAACCAGUCUCUCUGGGGUGAACGCGACGACGACAUCCCACCUGCAAACCAAGACGUCUCAGAGACUCUCCCUACACCAAACGCACAGAAUCUCACGACACCAAAAGCGCGUCCUCAAGCCAACCGCACCGCGCCUUCGGCCGUUACCUCGUCUACACCGCGUUCUCAAGUUCGCACCCGCGGAAGAGCCGCCAACGUCGCCAGUCGCACCGCGAACCCUCGCCUCAGUAGUCCUGCGAAUAGCUCCCCGAGGCGCCAGCAGCAGCGUCCUAGUCGGAAGGCCAACGUCGAAACCCUCCCCGAUCACGCCGACAGCAUGGCUCAGCAAGGCGCAUACAUCCCGCCCAACCAGCAGCGCCACAUGCGCGCCUGCAUGAUCUGCUCCAUCGUCCGCACGCAGCAGCAAUUCACUACCCAAGGCUGCCCCAAUUGCGAAGAGAUCCUCGAGCUGGCUGGCAACCCGGAGCAAGUCAACGACUGCACCUCGCAGGUCUUCGAGGGCCUGAUCAGCGUCGCCGACACAAACCGCAGCUGGGUCGCCAGGUACCAGCGCCUUGAGGGCUAUGUCCCGGGCGUGUACGCGACGCAGGUCGAGGGAAUCUUGCCCGAGGACAUCCUGAUGGCCGUGGAGAAUGCUGGGAUCAACUACGUCCCGCGCGAUGGUAGCGAGCAGGAGAUGCUGGGCAAGGACUAGGGGUUCGCGCCCAGGACAUGAAGGCUUAUUGCGAAUCUGCCUCACGGGAGGUAAUGGGGAUAUAUGUGCAUCUUCAGCGAAGGAGUUACGGUCAUCGGGGCAUCAAGAUGCUGGGUUUGGAGAAUUUCGAUGGGUGGACAUGAUUGUUUCAGAGUCGUCGUCUCUCGUCGCGACAAAGUAUCGUUCGAAAAUCGACACACUGAAUAAUCCCAUUCUCAAACUUAUUGCAAUACAUUACGC